AUGACGUCGGCCCCGGUGCACGAUGGCUAUGUGGAGGAUGAAGAAAGCUGCCUUCCGCAUAUGCCUUUCGAUGCAGCUCAUUCCCUGCUGCGAUUGGGCUGGCAUGAAUCCUGGUAUGCCUCAUUGACCGCGGUGAGCGAGUUAGAUGGUAGUACCGGCCAAUAUGAGGAGCGCCGCAAAGGGCACAAGAAGCUUGCUGAAGAGGCACGGGAAACUUGGAAUGUUUUAGCCUUACCUUGGGCCAGCGGCCCCAGAGGUGGCCAGAGGGGGGCUAUGGUCGUGGACAACGUUCGAAUCCUGGCCCAAGCUGCCGCACAGCAUUGCGCGGCGAUGCGAGUGUACAAGGAGAAGGCAGGCAAAAGUGCCACUGAACUACAGCAGCCGGCACAUGAGCCGUACAAGAGAUUCGAUGCAGCAAAGCGAACCCUGGGUGACAUGCAUGGGACUCUGGCGCAUGCUUUGUUCGAGCGCAUCGUGGAAUUGCUGUGGGCAACCGGAUGGCACGCUGCCAAUACAGUGGGAGAGGCGGAUGAAUUGAAUGAGGAAGAGGAAGAGGAAGCCGAGGAAGACGAUGAGGGGGAAGAUGAUGAGCAGGAAGACGAAGAUGAAGAUGAAGACGAAGAAACGCCCUUUGGGGACGACUAUCCAGGCUCAUCAGACGAUCCUGUGGAAAACAUGCGAGACAUACUGGAUGCAUUUCACAAGAUGUUUCAUGACGAGACGCCCUUCCGCGGUGUGAGAUGCAGCCUUGUAUCUGAGACAGAAGGUUCACCCUCUGUUCUCGAGACCAUCUCCCGCGUGCCCGGCGCUUUUGGGGAGCCUGGCUUAAAUGCAGUACGACUGCUUCUUCCAGACUGGUCAGGUUGUACCGAAGCGCUGGACAGCACGGCUAGCGUUUUCUUGAUGAAAGCUGAAGCAGAAGAACUGUCCAUUGUUCUGGAAUUGCCUGCAGUACCAGGCAAACCUUACGAAGAUUGGUUGCGUGGUAUUGCACGCGCCGUGCAAGAAAUGAAGUGUGUGAAGGGAGUGGCACUUCCUCGAGUUCAAGACUUGACAAGGGCAGCAGGGCUACUGAGUGCUCUUCGUCAGGGCGGGCUCACACAGGACAGAUGCUCUUGCUUCCUGCAGCUGCCGGAGGGAAGGGUGGAAGAGUGCCAGGAGAAACUCUAUCAGAGUACCCUCGCUGAGUGUGAUGCCGACCAGCUGCCCUUGUGGCUUGCAGAUGGAAAUGUGCUCCUGGAGACUGCAGCACAUGUGCAGCUACCUGACAAGGUGACGCCACAGACAGUCCUGGAUGCUGCCUCCAAGUUGUCAGAGGAGCAUGAACACCUCGAUUUGAUUAGCACCUGGAGCUUGGCUCUGCCGGGCGCCUUGCCCAAGCUUGCGGCCGGAGCAAACGAAUCUGAGCUGAUACGAGAGUUCGGUCAGCGCUUGCUAGCGGCCAUGGAUGUUGCGAAGAGAGGAUGGUUCUUCGAAUCAUGGAAUGUGCAGAAUGGAGAAAGUGCUGCCCAGCAAUCCUUAAAGAUUUGCCUCGAAAGGGGCUGGCUGAAUUUGGGCGCAGAGGACCAAGUCAUGUAUCCUCACGGCAGCCAUACCAAGAGCUUGGUGUACUUGCACGGAUUUACGUGCAAUGGCUACGACUAUCUGAAGGAGCCCCACUAUGUCUACCGGCUGAAGCCAGUCAAGAAGAAAAAAAAGGCAAAGAAGGAUGAAGAGGAAGAUGACGCAGACGAGUUCGAGCCCUUUCCUGGCUUGAAGGUGGUAUUUCCAUCGGCUCCAAAGCGAGAAAUCUCUUGCUACAAGGGGGAGAUCCUGCAUGCUUGGUAUGACUACAUGACGGACUACGAGGGCGAAAGGGAGGACGAGCUGUCUAUGGAAGAUUUGGAGCAAACUACUGCACGGGUACAUGCCUUGCUGGACGCCGAAGCAGCUGCCGUUGGUGCAGAGAAUGUAUUUCUCGGAGGAGCCUCCCAAGGAUGCGGCACAGCCUUGCACAUCGCCUUGACAUAUCCUGGCCAAUUGGGUGGCGUCAUUGGCACGAUGGGUCAUUUGCUAUCAUGCACUCCGGUCAACAAAGAUUGGGUUGCCAAGAAGAUUCCGAUCUUUGUGUACAACGGUCUGGCUGAUACGAUGAUGCUUUGGGAGGAGUGGGUGAAGGCCACUUAUCGCCGGCUCGAAGACGCUGGAGCUGACAUUCGAAUCGCCCUGGAUGAGGGCGUUGACCACGGCGAGAACGAGGAUUCUUGGAUGCGGCACUUCCUGACUGAAAUGAUGAAGCCGGAGCUGAGCCGCAAUGGUGCCGUGGCAUCCAUCCUUAGCGUCAACCGCAAUGAGGCCCGUGUAUUGUCCUCCAAAGCCAGAGCUCCAUACAUGGUCAUGAUGGAGGUAGAGGAGAAGCCCAUGCAGACGGACAGACCUACCGGACGGGGGAUUCUCGGACGACUAUGUGCGAGCCGAAAGUCGCCGGUGCAGGCCACACACCACUUUGCUGCAGUUCCUCCGAAGUUCUGGCCACCAGAAGACUCGCCACCUGCUUCUGCUCGGAACAUGAAGGAUCCGCGGCCAAAGGGCGCCUUCCACGACGAGACGUGGACCGAGGUAGUUUGCCGUGUCCGGGCACGGAGUGAGUUUGGGAGACGGCCGAACUGGAGCAUGAUCCCAAUGAUUGUGAAGAGCAACGCUGAUGACGUCAGGCAAGAGGAACUCGCCUACCGCCUGCUGAAGUGGUUCGAGAGGGUCUUCAAAAGGCACAACCCCAAGUUGUGGCUUCAGCCAUUCCUCAUCAUCGCAACCACACACGAUGGCGGUGUGCUGGAGGUUGUAACCAAUGCAAUUAGCAUCAGUGACUUGAAGAAGUCCUAUGGCUCGAAAUGGGAGUCCCUUAAAAGGUACUUUGAAGAGUCCUUCACGGGGGAUGAUCGGCCCCAUGGCUUCGCUGGAGAGAAGUCAGUCUCCUUCAGGACAGCAACCAUGAAUUUCAUUUACUCCAUGGCCGCGUACUCAGUGGUGUGCUACGUGCUGGCAAUCCGAGAUCGGCACAACGGCAACAUCAUGCUGAAUGACGAGGGCCAUGUGCUGCAUGUGGACUUUGGCUUCAUGCUGUGUGGCGCUCCGGGCGGCAAGGCAAUGCAACAUAUUGGCGGCUUUGAGCACUCUGCCGGCUUCAAGCUCACCAAUGAGCUUGUGGAGGUGCUCGGGCCGAUUGAUGGAAAUGAGUUCCAGGUCUUCCGCUCAGCCAUUCUUGACGGAAUGCGAGCAGUGCGCUCGCAUGCUCAGGAGCUUUUAGCCUUAGUUCAGGUCAGCAUGCUGGGCUCCGAAAACAGCCAAAUGAACUGCUUCUGCCACCCGCGCGGCUAUCCCGAGGCGGUGCUGGAGGACAUUUGCGACCGCCUAGGGUUGCUCCGGCCUUGA